AUGCGUCACACAGAACCCCCUUCCCCCGAGAACGCCUUCCACCCGCCCCCACUCCCCGUCGACGCUGGCACGCACACCCGGCCAGCAGAGGAGUUGUGUGCCAUCCCCUCCGCCGAUUCAUAUCCGCCAACAACGACCGACCAACCCACCGAUCCGAAGUUCCCGCCCGACGCCGGAGACUCGGAGUUCACUGGAAGAGCACCGCAGCUAUCAAACGGCCUCCGAGCGAGAGCUGUGAAUUCCAUACCUAAUUCACAAAAUCAACACAACACCACCGGCUACCCGGCCAGCCAGAACGCCGAAACUGGGGCAAUUAUCACACAGACUUGCCACCAGCACCACCCUUGCACCCUUAAUCUCACCCUAUCUCCCCCUUGCAACCCCUGCAACAGAUGCGAGGAACACGGACAGUGCAAGAACGGCACCUGCAUCUGCAUGACAGGCUGGAACGGGCGGCACUGCACCUUGGCCGGAUGCCCCGGUGCCUGCUCGAAACACGGCUCCUGUGUCAUCGAGGACGAGGAGUGGAAGUGCCAGUGCCAGGACGGGUGGGAGGGCCACGACUGCUCGGUCAAGCUGGAGACGCAGUGUUCGGAUAACAGGGAUAAUGAUAAUGACGGGCUGGUCGACUGUGCUGACGCGGAAUGCUGCUCCGACCCCGCCUGCCAGCACUCGACCCUCUGCCUGACCUCGACUGACCCCAUCGACAUCCUGCUGAGGAAACAGCCUCCCGCCGUCACCGCCUCGUUUUUCCAGAGGAUGAGGUUCCUGGUUGAAGAAGGGUCCGUGCAGAGCUACGCCAAGGGGUCCGCUUUUAACGAGAGCCGCGCCUCCGUGGUCCGUGGGCGUGUCAUCAGUGGGCGUGGCACAGGCCUCAGGGGCGUGAGAGUGUCGCACUACCGCCCAGCUGACACGGGCUUCACCCUCACGCGCCCCGGAGGCUGGUUCGACCUCAUGGUGAACGGGGGCGGCGCCGUCAGGCUCAUCUUCGGCAAGGCGCCCUUCCUCCCCGUCACGAAGACGGUGUGGGUGCCGUGGAAUGAGAUCGUCGUCAUCGACACGGUCGUCAUGACAACGGCUGACAUCGUGCCCCCGCCGCUGCCCACGCCGUGCCCUGACCACAACUACGACGACCUGAAGCCCGUCGUCCUGGCAACCUGGAAACACGGCUUCCAAGGAGGCUGCCCCGAGCGCUCUGCCAUCCUGACGGAGUCGCAGGUGGUGCAGGAGAGCCUCAGCAUCCCCGGCACGGGGCUCCACCUCGUCUACCACUCGUCCAGGGCCCUCGGCUACGAGUCAACAAUCCAACUGCAGCUGACGCCCUCUGUCAUCCCCGAAACACUGCGCAGGAUAUACCUCAGGAUUACCAUCGAGGGAAUCCUGUUCGAAAAGACCUUUGAGGCGGAUCCUGAUAUUAAGUUUACCUACGCGUGGAACAGACUCAAUGUAUACAGGCAACGUGUUUACGGCGUGACCUGGGCAGUAGUCAAGGUCGGCUUCGCGUACAGUAACUGUGACCAGGUCAUUUGGGACGCGCAGACAACCCAGGUCUCAGGUCAUGACAUGAGUAUCUCAGAUAUCGGCGGCUGGGAUCUCUCCAUCCAUCACAGAUACAAUUUCCAUGAAGGAAUCCUGCAGAAGGGCGACGGCCGCAACAUCCACCUGAAGCAGAAACCCCGUGUCUUGAUGACGCUGAUGGGCGAUGGGCACCAGAGGGAGGUGUCAUGCAGGUCAUGCGACGGCCCGGCUGACAAGCAGAGGCUCCUGACGUCAGCUGCCCUCGCUCCGGGUCCUGACGGCUCGCUGUACAUCGCUGACUUCAACCUCAUCCGCCGAGUGAUGCCGGAUAACACCGUCAAGACUGUCGUGAGGCUGAACGAGACGCGCGUGUCGUACCGCUACCACAUGGCCGUGAGCCCCGUGACGGGCGAGGUCUACAUCAGCGACCACGAGGCGCACCUCAUCCUGAAGGUGCGCGACCCCGACGACUUCUCGCGCCCCGAGGACAACUACAUGCCGUACGUGGGGUCCGGCGAGCGCUGCUUCCCCGGGGACGAGGUGGGCUGCGGCGACGGCUCGCUGGCCCGUGACGCCAAGCUGCAGUACCCGAAGGGCAUGGCGGUGUCCCUGGACGACGUGCUGUACUUCGCCGACGGCACCAACGUGCGCGCGGUGGACGCCGACGGCAUCAUCAACACCGUGAUCGGCACGCACCGCCACCGCGCGCACUGGCGGCCGCUGCCGUGCGAGGGCACCGUGCCCGUGUCGGAGGUGAGCCUGCGCUGGCCCACCGCGCUGGCCGUCAGCCCGCUCGACGACUCGCUCUACGUGCUCGACGACCACCACGUGCUGCGCCUCACGCGCGACGGCCAGAUCAAGGUGGUGGCGGGGCGGCCGCUGCACUGCCCUCCGCUCAGCCACGACGCGCCGUCGGACCUGGCGGCGCACACCACGCUGCGCUCGCCGCAGAGCCUGGCGUUCGCGCCCAACGGCGACCUGUACAUCGCCGAGAGCGACAACGAGCGCAUCAACCGCGUGCGCGUGAUCGAGACGGACGAGCGCAUCCACGACUUCGCCGGCGCCGACUCCAAGUGCAACUGCCAGGAGGAGGCGUGCCCGUGCUUCGACGAGUCGCACGUGCUGGCGGCGACGGCCGUGUUCUCGACCAUCUCGGCGCUGGCCGUGACGCCCGACGGCGUGGUGCACGUGCUGGACCAGGGCAACCUGCGCAUCCGCUCCGUGACGUCGUCCAUUCCCGAGCCCGACGCCGACCGCCUCUACGAGAUCUACUCGCCGGAGACGCAGGAGGUGUACGUGUUCAACCGCUUCGGCCACCACACCGCCACGAGCAGCAUCCCCACCCGCCGCACCAUCUACUCGUUCGCCUACAACGUCAACACGAGCAACGGCAAACUGUCCACCGUGACGGACGCCGGCGGCAACCGCGUGUCGUUCCUGCGCGACUACACGGGCCACGUGUCCAUGGUGGAGAACUCGCGCCAGCAGAAGUGCCGCCUGCAGAUGUCGCGCUCGCGCCGCCUCGAGUUCUUCGUCACGCCCGACGAGCACAACGUCACGCUCACCUACCACGGCGCCACCGGCCUCCUGCGCUCGCGCAUGGACUCCACGGGCCGCGCGCACGUCUACACCUACGAUACCUACGGCCGCCUGACCCGUGCCGUCACGCCCUCCGGCCAGGUCAUCGAUUUGGCCUUCGACCUGAGCCAGAAGGGGGCGCGCGUCACGCUGACCCGCGACGGGACGGCGCCGAUCACCAUGCUCAUCAAGGGCGCCCUCGUCACGGAGACCAUCGGUUCUGCCUCGAGCGUGACGGCGCAGCUUCCCGACGGCUCCGUGGUGACGCGCACCGCCUGGGGGCACCACAUCGCCACCGAGACCGUCCCCUACACCCUCUUGCAGGACCACACGCUCGCACACUCCUACCCCGUCUCCGGCAGGCAGCGCACUGAGAUCGGCAACGAGCUCGUUAACAGCUUCGACUGGAAGUACUUCGUGGAGGCUGGAGAUCGCCAGGGACCCGUGACGCAGGUGGGCCGCAAGAUGAGGGUGAACGGCGAGGACCUGCUGACCUUCAAGUACGACCUGUACACCGGCACGGAGGCUGUUCUGAACGAGGUCGGGGCGACGCUGCUCAACGUGACGUAUGACCCUCUUGGCCGCCCGCUCAAGUGGACGCCCGCGCAACCCUUCCUGCCGGUGCAGCUCAAGUACAACCGCUUCGGCCAGCUGGAGGAGUGGACUUGGGGCGACAUGAGGGAGCAGUACUCCUACGACCGCGCCGGCAGGUACGAGGGCGUCUCCUACGCCGACGGCACGCGGGUCAUGUACUCCUUCAAGGACCUGUCCAGCGUCAAGCCGUACAAGGUGAGCGUGGCGUCGGGCAGCGAGCACCUGCUGGAGCACGACGAGGGCGGCGCCCUGUCGGCCGUGACGACGCCGCGCGGCCACAAGUACACCUUCCACGUGCAGCCGUCGCUGCUGCACAACCGCUUCAGCUUCACGCCGCCCGGCUCGCCGCGCCACCCGUACCAGCUCUUCUACAGCGACGACGGCAAGAUCCUGGCGGAGGUGCUGCCCCACCAGGCGAGCCGCGUCAUCUACCACCACGACAACACCGGCCGCCUGCACCUGCAGAUCUUCGGCGACGGCUCCGUGGAGUACGGCUACCACCCCGAGACCGGCCUCAUCCGGACCGUGUCGGUGCGCGAGCGCGGCUUCGAGCUGCGCAGCGACAACAAGUACCACGGCGGCCUCGUCAAGGAGCAGCGGAUCCGCUACGGCUCGACGGCCGUCCUCGACUCGGCCAAGCUGAGGUUCCUGUACGACGGCAACGCCCGCCCGCGCCGCGUCGAGGUCGAGAUCAACGGCAAGGAGCAGCCGGACUACGACAUGAAGUACAACAUCAUCCUGGGCACCCUGGACAGCGUGGGCGACAUGAAGGUGACGUCGUCCUACCACAACAAGACCGUCAUCCAGGACGUGCGCAAGAUCAUGCUGCGCGUCACGGAGUUCGACCCGCACGGCCGCGUCGUCGAGUCGGCGCUCACCGUGCGCAGCCGCCUCGUCUACCGCAACCGCUACGGCUACGACACGCGCGGCCGCCUCGCCACCAUGUCCACGUGGCGCGGCUCGGGCACGGACGAGAAGCGCACCAACUACACCUACACUCCCGACGGCUUCUUGCAGGCCGUGGACGGCUCCGACUCGUGGCAGUUCCGCUACGACGCCAACGGCAACAUGAUCGCCGUGGUGGAGGGCGGCCGAGAGAUGACGGCCACGUACGACGGCGCGGACCGCCUGGUGGGCUGGGGCGACGUGGAGCUCAACACGUACUCGCCCGGAGGCGCCGUCGUGCGCCAGGGCGAGGUCCACCUCAGCUACAGCGCGAGGGGGAACCUCAAGUCCGCCUGGCAGCAGGGCCAGUACAAGGUUUGGUGCAGGCACGACCACCACGGACGCCUGGCGGUGUGGGAGGACGACCACGGCAAUGUGACGCAGUUCUUCUACGCCGACCUGCGUCGGCCCGACCUCCCGACACACAUCCACUACCCGAAGCGCGGUGUGACACACGCGCUAGAGUACGAUGAACGCGGCCACCUCAUGGCCAUCCACACGGGCAAGCGGCGCCUGUGGAUCGCCACGGACCACCUGGGCUCGCCCGUGGCCGUCUUUGACGACUCAGGAGUUCUGGUGAAGGAGGUCGUGAGGUCUCCGUGGGGCGCCACGCUCACCGACUCCCGCCCCGACCUCCUCCUGCACGUGGACUUCCAGGGAGGCCUUCGGGAUCCCGUCACGGGAUUCAUCGUCUUCGGCCUCCACACGUACGACCCCGUGCAUGCCAUGUGGAUGGCCCCGAGGUACGACUUGGUCACCAGCGCCCCCGACCACGUUGGAGCCGUCUACGUGCACCGCUUCCACGACAACGACCCCGUCAACCCGGUCAACCGACACCCCAACCACUACACAGACCUGAACAGCUGGCUGAAGCUGUACGGCGUGGACCUGUCGCGCAUGCUCGGCUCCAGCUACCACGACGAGACGGUGGAGCGGCAGGAGGGAGGCCUCCUCCAGGCCCGCCAGCUGGCUCCUUCCCUCCGCGUGAUUUCCGGCCUCUCCUGCUCCACGGAAGGCGUCCUUCGGCAGUUCUCGCAGCCGUCUCUGCUGCCGGAGUCCCUGAUUCGGUCCGACGCCCCUGCCUGGGCGAUCCCCGGCUGGGACGCCCUCGGCCGCUUCAUGUCGUCGCCGCCCAUGCUGGGUCCGGGCGUGAUGGUGUCCCGCGUGGAGGGGCGCGCCGUGGUCACGCUGGUGCCGUCCAGGGAGAACUCGGUGGUGCAGGACGUGGCGCGCGACGUCCUCAACGGCUCGGCGCUGCUCGACGUCGCCCUCACGCACCACCGCCACCACACGCUCUACCUCGUCAAGGAGAACGCCGCCCUGCGCCAGGACGACCUGCAGCAGCUGCAGCGCCUCAGUGGCCGCUUCAACGUGACGUCGCGGGACGAGGGCGAGCACCACGAGAUCCGCGUCGUCGGCAACGACGUGUCGCUCGUCCUCAUGUAUGGCACCGACGCCCCCAACGCCCGCCACCGCCUGCUGCGCCACGCCCACCGCCACGCCGUGACGCGCGCGUGGGAGAUGGAGCGGCUGCUGGCGGAGCGCGGCUCGCCCACGCGCCACGAGUGGUCGGUGGAGGAGCGCGGCGAGCUGGUGAGCAAGGGCAGCGUGAGCGGCUACAUCGCGGCCGACAUCCACUCCAUCCACCGCUUCCCUCUGCUCGCCGACGACCCCACCAACGUGGUGUUCCGGCGCGACACGGGGCGGCGGCGCCGUCGCAGCCGGGACGCGCCGCACUCGUGAUCCCCGGGUGGGGGCGCGGCCCUUGUACAUACCGCUGUAUAGUGUAGCGCUGUGAACCUGUACACACUGUACAAACAGGGUAUUCUCACACAUUGUACACAUCUCUCCGAGCCGGAGACUAAUCCUCACAUGUGAUAGAGGCGAACUGUGUGGCGCAGGUGGUGGCGGCGGCGGCGGCGGCGGCGGCGACCGGCGCUGCUGGGGUGUGAGGCUGUGACGGGGGGAGGGGGGAGGGGAACGUAGGUAUGUGUAUAGCGAGCGCAGACGGCGGAGAGAUCGGCUGUGCGUCACACCCCAGGAGCACAGCGUUGCCGGCCGUUGUAUAUAACGUAUGCCCGGCGGGGCCUCGACUCCGCCGGGGUAGUCAAAGGUUCUGCAGUGGUAUAUAAUUUUGCUGCUUAACAUUCCAUCGUGAAUUAUGUACUCUUAUGGACUGACGAGUGUGCAGAGUUGGUGUGGUGCAAAGAGAGACGGCAAGACAUAUAUAUUUUGUACGUUUUUGUUACAAACAUGUCCAUUAUUUAGAGAUACUUAAUGCCAAUUUCUAUUUGAAUGUGCCCCGUGUCCUAGCGAGAUGUCUUAAAGGGAUCAGUCCAGGGCUCAGACUCCAAUCAUAUUAUCUUGUAUAUAUUUAUAAGAGACGCAUAUGAUGUUAGAGAGAGAAAGAGAGAAUGAAAGAGAGAAAGAGAAAAGUAGAUGUAAGAAUUCAAAUAUAACGAUGAGUUGUCAUCCUCACCCUCCCAGACUAACAUGCAAAGUUCGCUUGCUAAUGCAUCAACUCAUGAAUUUUAUUAUGCAACAAACGAGUAAAUAAAUAAAAGGAUAGAUUGGUCUCUACGCCCCUGAUGACGUCAUGAGCCCUCACCUCCUUAUUUGUUCUGUAGAAAGUCUUAGAGACUUUUUGUGACAGGUUGAAGCGAGUACGAGGCCAAAGAGGAAGACGAGGUGAUCGACUAAAGCUCAUUUUCCCCAGCGGAACUUAAGGAAAGUGAGCUUUAGUGAUCGAUAUUAUAGGAAGAGAGAGAGAGAGAGAACGAACGAGAGAAAGAAAAUAAUAAUAAUAAUAAUAACACUGGCUGGUCGCACUCGAACCGAAGUCACUCUUCAGAAACAUUACGCCUGAAACUGCAAUAAUUAAGCGAAUAUCUCGGUCCAGAUAACGUGGUUGUUUCCUCUCUGUGUUCUCUGGUCCACUUAUACGACGUGUAGAUGGCAAUAUUAGUAAUUGGUUAUUUGGCAAUUUGGUCUGGAAGUCGUACCCGCUGGCGGUCGAGGGGGCGUGGCGAGCUCUUGCUGUGGGCGGGGCAUUCAGAGCUGCUUCUUCACUCCCUUUUUGCACGGUGAUUGGCUGAUGCAACGUUGCUAUAAUGCAGGAAAGAGAGAGUUCGGUACGCUUUGUUUCGGAAGAUUUUUAAAAUGCCGCGAGAAGAACAAAGUAAACGGGAAAACGCCAUUCGAAAAUUAUUUUUUCUCCCAGAUUUCAUUUCCACGUUCAUUAUCAACGAUAGACAAAUCAUCGAAAGAGGCAUUCCUUAAGAAAACUUCCCACAGCAAUACCCUGUCUGCGAGAAAGGAGACGAAAAUAAGGGGAAAAAAACACUCAAGUGCUCGCCAUAUUUCCUCGACUGAGAGUGUGUAUAAACUCCUCUAGUUUACAGUCACAAUAUUGGUGCUUUUUUUCCUAGUUUAGUCACGUCCCGACACCGUGUGUGAUAAAGCGUUGCGGGAAAGAAGAAAAAAGAAAAGAGACAGAAAAAAAAAAAUAACAUAGUUGAAUUUAUAUUCUUUUUUUCCUUGAAUUUCGGUUGGUGCUUUUAUUUAUUUACGGUUUUUUAAAAAGAUAUAUAUAUAUAUGUAUAUGUAUAAUUUCGUAGCUGUGACUCCGAGCGGCAGGACUUUGAAAAACUGCAGCUAUUUUCCCUUCUCCUUUCAUUUGCACAUUUAGGAAAGCUUGGCGCAACCAACAUAUCAACAUCACUUGUAGAAUAGAAUGUAUGUGAAUGUGCCAUAGAAUUUACAUUGGUUGCUUGUGCCAAGAGAUUUUUAGCGUUGGGGUAUGUUUUGUACAGGCAAGACAAACAAACAAAAUAAAAAAAGAAAUGAGUGUUUUAGAUUAGUUCGAAGAUGUGAAUGAUAUUACACAUUACUAUAUAUGAAUAUAUAUAGAUAUAUAUAAAUAUUCACGUGCCCUCCCAUCUACCUGCGAUACCUUUACUUACAAAUAUAAAAAAAAAAACAAGAAAAACAAGUAAAAAGCCGUUUAGCGAAGUCUCUAUUUCUAUCUACAUGACAUUGAGGUUUGUAUACAUAAAUACAUAAAAUAAUCAAGGCGACAUAUACCCCGAGUGGAACCCCGUUAUAGCGCCCUGGGGAAGUCCGUGUCCAAAACCCCCGGGAUUUUCGAAAAAAAAGAAAGAAAAGGAAAAGAAAAAAAAAAUAAUAAUGUAAAGGACU